CAAAAUCGUUGAAUCAUCAUCAUGGUGUAUCAAGGUAGGCGUCGAGCGCUAGUGCAAGCCGCCGAAGCAGCGGCAGCGACGCUUCCUCUUGAGAAGACUAAGGACAACGAGGACGCAAAGUCUGAGGACGGCAAGGAGACGGAUACCAAGGAGGCCGUUGCAGCUACCGCUGCUGCUUUGUUGACUCCGACAAAGCCAACGAUAACAGCACGACGGAUAUUUGAACCCCUCCCUGAGACCGCACAAGUGACCCGUAUCCGCGAGAAGCUUGCGCGCAAGCACGCGGACGCGGCACCGCUGACGCUAUUGCCAGUCCCGCCAUCUGCCGAGAAAAGCUCGACGCACAAGGUCGACUUGCUCACGCCGCCGCCCAAGGGCAAGCGUAAGCGCGAAGACGACGCCAAGGCGCCGCCAUCUUCUUCGCAGCGCACGAUCAUCCACACGUGCGGCCGCGGUGUCGACGCCAAGCGGGCCAAAGUGGCCGUGGACGCCCAGAUGAAGCGCGUUCAGUCCCGUGAGCAAGCAGCAGCAGCCACAAAAGUGCAAAAGUAACCAGUUGUUCUCGUGUUGUUCUUUAAACUACUUUGGGGGUGAAUCGAAUCGUGGGCCGAAGGUUCAAAGACCCUUCGACGGGGGGGGUGGGGUCAUUUCCCAUCGAGUCAUCAUUCAGGACAUGCAGCAUGUGGCCAUAGGCUACCGAUGUCUGGCCUCCUUGUCUGUACAGGAUGCGACUACUACUAGUACCUUUGGCGAACUCGUGCUUGUGCUGGCAAGUGGCGCCAUCUGCGCAGUACCCGCGCAGGGAAAAGGCGUCGCAUGUAGCGGCUUGUCGACUUACGUUGACAUGGCGGUACAUGCAGCCUUCCCGCGAGCACAGACCCUUGAGAAACAUGGCGCAGUCCGGCAUCUUGUGCUGCACACAUCAACGCUAAAUUUGUAGAGGGUAUAGGGGUACCUGGUCGGGGGUAUGUGAUAAUCGGCACGCCGACGCAUGGGGGCAGGCGCCGCGGAGGAACGGUCGGCACAUGGAGAUCGUCCGGCUGUCGUGGACGAACAAGCACGCGUGCUUGUGUUUGCAUUCGCCGUGCUUGAUGUAAAAGAGACAGAGUUCCGUGCGAGGAUGUGGGACAGGUGCGGAACUGCCACGAUGCAACGGGGUGGGGCGACGGGUGAGUGUAGAUGGUGGUGGUAGAGGACGAGGCAUUGAGGAUAUGACAACUGGAGCAGGCGGUGGGGGUGGAGAAGGUUGUUUCUGUUUGGUCGUGGCGAUGGCUGCGCUCACUUCCACAGCUGACUUGGGAAGCGUGUCUUCUCGACGAAGUUUGAACCCGCGUCCCAUCUUGCGAUACAUGCCAUCUUCAAGCGCGAGUGUAGUGACCGAUGCCGGGCGUUUUGGGGGGUUGGUCGUCGUCAUUGCUGUUGAAAGGGAUGGCGCGAGCGAAGAUAGAUGUGUUGUAGAUGAUGAUGAUGACGACGAAGAAGACUCAUCAGGGGGCGUCCAUGUGAGGUGCCGAGGCUUGGAGUGGGGUGUGGGAAAUGACGGAUUUCGUCGGACAGGUGCACGGGAUGUGUGCCGAACAUGGCGUGGAUGGGGCGCAUUAUUGUACCUGGCAUGUCCAUAAGACAUGCUCGUGGCCGACUGUCGGUCCUGUGUGUCAAGAAGGCUCUUCAAGGCGGCGAUUCGCGCACGGACAACUGCUUCUUCUGCUGCCAUUCCUUGAACUGGUCUUGC